CAGACAGAGAAGAAAUGAAAGGGAAAGGAAAAUAAAACCAGAUUGAGAAAGAAAGAGAGAAACUUCAAGCAGAAGGAAGAACCAAGAAGAAAGCUGCAAAUUUCCCAGAGCUCUCUUUGUUUUUUUUUUUUUUUUAUAAAUUUAUAUUUGCUCGUUGUUUCUCUCUUUCCUUCUCAUUUCUUCAAAAUAACCCAGAAGAAGAAAACAAAUUACCAUUCAAAAGAUUCCCCUCUUGCAUUUCUCCAACAAAGCUGCCCAGUUCUUUGCUUUCAGAUUUGCAAGUCAAUUGGGUGUGUGUAGUGUCGAACAGAAGUCUGUACAGGGUUGUUCUGUAUAUAUUUCACAGCAAAGCUUGGUUUUUUUAAACUUUUCUAGGCAAAAAAUUCGAAGAAACCCCUUUGUUUAUUUUGGGAGGGUUUUCUCGAUCUGAAAAUUCAUCAAAUUGUGUUCGUUUUGGUUGUGGGAAUUCGUCGAUUUAGCGGUUAAUUUAUCUGGGUUCUGGUUUUUUUCCCGAUCUCCGUGUUCAUUCAUGGCGGUUCCGACAAUUGCUCUGUACGCGAGCCCGCCGAGCACCAUAUGCUCGACGCCGCACCCAUGCUCGAUCAACGGCAGCACGAGCUACGACUUCGAUCUGAAUUCGAGAUCCUCGUCUUCCGCUUCCGCCAGUGGCUCUUCCUCUCACAAGUCGCAAAUCGGCGGGCUGACGUGUCUGUUCUCUUCUCCCAGCGUGGUAAAGCACUCGUCGUUCUCCGGCGACAGGGAGGAAUUGGGCGCUCUGUGGCACGAUAGAGGGGACGAUUUGAAGGAAUUGAGCAGCUCGUUUCGCUAUUCCCCGAGUAAAUGCAUCGUCGCGGGCGUAGGGGGUGGAUUUUCUGCGAGGAAGGAUCACAGUCCGGUUUCUGUGCUGCAAGCUCCGGUCUCUUGUUCCAGCAGUCCUCCGACGAGGUUAGCUCGUGGUGCCGAUGUAUGCUUUCAGAGCUCGGUUCAUAGCUCGUUUAGAUAUGGGGCGAAUCGCCUGUUCGAUAGGUUCGUUAGCCACGCAUUGGGGUCUUGUGUGGACUACGAUUCACCGAGCUUCGAAGUAGCUCCAUCUCCAGCUCCUCCGGCUGCUGAUGAAUUGACGUUUAAUAUGGAGGAAAGCUUCGUGGGGGAGCCUGAUCACGAGCCCUAUGCAAAGGAAUUGUUGCUUGGUGCUCAAAUGAGGCACAGGAUCUUCACAGAAGACUUUGUGAUCAAGGCGUUUCACGAGGCGGAGAAGGCUCAUAGAGGACAGAUGAGGGCGAGUGGCGAUCCUUACUUGCAGCAUUGUGUGGAAACCGCUGUUUUGCUUGCAAAGAUUGGUGCUAGCCCCACCAUGGUUGCUGCAGGGCUUUUACACGAUACAAUCGAUGAUUCAUUCUUGAGCUAUGACCAUAUUUGCAGCACGUUUGGAGCUGGAGUGGCUGAUUUGGUUGAAGGGGUCUCGAAACUCAGCCAUUUGAGCCAGCUAGCACGAGAGAAUAACACAGCCAGCAGAACUGUUGAGGCAGAUCGUCUGCAUACAAUGUUUCUGGCAAUGGCGGAUGCCAGAGCCGUGCUGAUAAAACUAGCUGAUCGAUUGCACAACAUGAUGACGCUGGAUGCUCUGUCAUUGGCCAAGCAGCAGAGGUUUGCCAAGGAGACUCUCGAGAUAUUUGCUCCUUUGGCCAACCGAUUAGGGAUCUCUUCGUGGAAGGACCAGCUGGAAAACUUGUGCUUCAAGCAUCUGAACCCUGAUCAGCAUAAAGAUUUGUCUUCUCAGCUGGUGAAAUCUUUUGAUGAGGCAGUGAUUACUGCUGCAACAGAUAAACUGGAUCGAGCGCUGAAGGAUGAAGCCAUAUGUUACCACGUGCUCUCUGGGAGACAUAAGAGUUUGUACAGCAUUUAUCGCAAGAUGUUGAAGAAAAAGCUGAAGAUGGAUGAGAUCCAUGAUAUCCAUGGCCUCCGUUUGAUCCUUGAAAACAAGGAAGACUGCUACAGAGCACUGAGAAUCGUCCAUGAGUUGUGGCCUGAAAUACCUGGGAAGUUCAAGGAUUACAUAAGCCAACCCAAGUUCAAUGGGUACCAGUCUCUUCACACUGUGGUCACAGGCGAUGAUGAGGUCCCACUAGAGGUCCAGAUCCGAACAAAAGAGAUGCAUUUGCAGGCUGAGUUUGGGUUUGCUGCGCACUGGAGGUACAAGGAAGGCGACUGCAAGCAUUCCUCGUUCGUCCUGCAGAUGGUCGAGUGGGCUCGGUGGGUAGUGACUUGGCAGUGCGAGACAAUGAACAAAGAUCGGUCCUCAUCGAUCUCUUACGCUGCUGAUUCCGUGAAGCCUCCCUGUGCUUUCCCUGUUCAUUCAGAAGAUUGCAGGUAUUCCUGCAAGCCUCUCUGCGGUCAAGAUGGACCCGUGUUCAUCAUCAUCAUCGAGAACGAUAAGAUGUCGGUCCAGGAGCUCCCAGCAAACUCCUCUGUCGUGGACCUGCUCGAGAGAGCUGGACAAGGCAGCACGAGAUGGUCACCAUAUGGCUUCCCAGCCAAAGAAGAGCUGCGGCCGAAGCUCAACCACGAGCCAGUGAGUGAUCCUACCUGCAAGCUAAAGAUGGGGGAUGUUGUGGAGCUAAGCCCCACCAUUCCUGACAAGUCCCUGACUGAGUACAGGGAAGAGAUACAGCGGAUGUACGACAGGGGCUUGACGACCACGAGCAGCGUUUCAUCGAGCACAGCGCCAACAACUACUACUGGAUGGAGAAGUUGAUGAUACCACUACUUCAUUUGGAUCCAAAUGAAUGAAUGAAUAGCGUUCAUAGUAACAAUUGGUUUGUUUCCUUGUAAAUACAUGUUUGGUUGUAGAAGAACAGUUGUAAUAUAAUUAUAUGGUAAAAAAUGGGGGAAAUUGGUCAAAACUGGUUGUGGAAAUUGGCCGCGGCUGUGUUUCCAAGUUCCCCUCAUUAAAUGAAAGAUCACUGUUCUGUAAGCAUCUCUCACUAGUCACAUGUUACAGUAUUGAUCCGCGGUUGAGUUACAGUAGUAACAGAAUGCUAACCAAACUAACUGAUUUGUUAACAGCAGUUGCUCUUUAUCUGUAACACUCAUAACACUGAACAUUCAAGGGUAAGAAUAAGAAUCUAAACAGUCUAGAACUGGAAAGAAGCGCCCGUCUAGUUACAAAUCGCUUAAUGUAGUAAGCAUAAGUCUCAAGGCUCUAGCCUGUAUCUUACAACUUACAACUGUGAGUACAGGCACAGGAUUGAUCGCGAACAAGAUCUUUACUAUCCUACCCUGUCUAUCACUUGGUUAGUUUGGUAAGAGGGAAUGAGACUCGUUGAGGGGUUUGCUGUUGCUGAGGCGCACCAGUACUUGGUUCCUGCGAAGAAGGAUUCUGAUCAGGCAUUUCUUCAUCUUCGUCCGUCUCUUCUACUUGCGGAAGCUGUCUCUUCGGGAAAGCUAAUUGAUAGUUGGGGCUGAUCAGUGUGUCCUGCUCAGGUGGGAGAGGAACGCCGGGACCUGGGGCAGUCUUGGGCAAUGGGACCUUGUUUCUAUUCCUUGCCAACUCCAGCAAAACCUCUCUUGGUGGGGGUUGUGAGAAGCUGAAGUUGACUUUGGACUGAAUAGCAAGCUUGACAUCAUCAGUGUCGAUCGCAGCUUUCCCAGCAUGCUCCGAGUAAACCUGAGCAUCCGUCAACACAUCGACGACGUAACGAUACCACAGCUCCAGAAACUGGUGGAUAACACGGGGCUCGUAGUCCUCAACUCCCAUUGAUUUCAGUAGGGACUUCACUAUUUUUGCAUCUCUCGGCAUCUCCUCAUCUCCCUCGGCCAUUUUCUCGUCACUGAGAAAAACCCAUAUGUUAACAACAAUUUCCCAUCCAUUAGCAAAGAGGGGAAAUUUUCUACAAACCCUAAGAACUCCUUGUACAAAAUUUCCAAAUUCCCCUCAUGAGCACGUUUUGGACAUUAUAAGAACGAAUGGGAAGCUGGAUUGAGCAUAAAGAUCGUGUACUUUAGUCUAAGAAAUGGAAAAUCCAGCAGAGAG